CGCCAUCCUCUGCCCCUGUGUUGACUUCCGGAAACGCGUAUUCACCCCCCGGCUCGACACCUUCGCACGCUUCCUCCCCCAAUCUAUCCUUCCGAUAAAUUCCCCCCACUCCCAAAUUUAUAAUCCCUUAUUCUCUCAUCUCCCCACUCCAAUUAUCCACACCUCGUUCCACCUCCUAUUCCUCAGUUCAUCGCGACUCAUACGCUGAGUUGAAUCGGUCACAGAAGAUGGAGGCCAACAACAAGGAGUUCUGGCAGUUCAGUGAUCAGAUCCGGCUCCAGACGAUCAACUUAGCCAACCUUUCAAUCGGGGAUAGCAUCUGGAGCGACUCGUAUUUGAAGAGGACCGACGAGCGCCGAAACUUGGAGAAUCCCACCGGGCCGUCCGAUCUCGGCUGGAAGAUGGGAUUCGGGAAUCAGAAGCUGGCGUUCGGGAAUAGCAGCAGUCAAAGGAUCAACAACACCAAUUCCAACAACAAUAGCGGUGGGAAUAACGGUGGAAUGAAGAAUGGGAAUUUUGUGAGUAAUGGUUACAACAAUAAUAAUGGUGCCGACGGGGUGAUCAAGAAUUAUUUUAGCAAGGGGACUGGGAAGUCCGUGAAUCACGGACAUGGUGGGAAUAGUGGGAAGAAGAAUAAUGGUCAUGAUGGCAACGGUUGGAGUGGGAAGAAGAAGAAUAACAAUAACGGGAAUAACAGCAAUAACAACAACAAUAACAACGGAGCGGUGGAUAAGCGAUUCAAGACGCUGCCGCCGUCGGAGUCGCUGCCGAGGAAUGAAGCGGUGGGCGGUUACAUCUUCGUCUGCAACAACGACACCAUGGAGGAGAAUCUCAGGAGGCAGCUCUUUGGUCUGCCAUCAAGGUACAGAGACUCGGUCCGAGCGAUAACACCAGGGCUGCCUCUUUUCCUCUACAAUUACUCCACCCAUCAGCUCCAUGGGAUUUUUGAGGCGGCUAGCUUUGGAGGAACCAACAUCGAUCCGACGGCUUGGGGGGACAAGAAAUGCCCUGGGGAAUCCCGCUUCCCGGCCCAGGUGAGAGUAGUGACAAGGAAGGUCUGUGAUCCACUGGAGGAGGAUGCCUUCCGCCCUAUCCUUCAUCACUAUGAUGGCCCCAAGUUUCGGCUGGAGCUCAGUGUACCUGAGGCUCUGGCUCUCCUUGAUAUAUUUGCGGUAAACAAUGCUUGAGAUGGAGUUAGCCUCUUCUUGCGCCACAACCACCACUAGUAUUCAGAACAAUCGACCUGGAUAGUGAAACAGGCAUAUAUAUAUAUAUAUAUAUAUAUAUAUAUAUAUAUAUAUAUAUAUAUAUAUAUAUAUAUAUAUAUAUAUUAUAUA